CCAAGCCGCUGCCUUCGCCGCCGCAGCGUCAGCCGCAGCGGGCCCAGAGCAGGUAGAUGGCCCCCCCAGGACAGGCCCUGCGGACACCCCUCCCUCGGGCUGGCGGAUGCAGUGCCUAGCGGCUGCUCUUAAGGACGAGACCAACAUGAGCGGGGGAGGGGAGCAGGCCGACAUCCUGCCGGCCAACUACGUGGUCAAGGAUCGCUGGAAGGUGCUGAAAAAGAUUGGGGGCGGGGGCUUUGGUGAGAUCUACGAGGCCAUGGACCUGCUGACCAGGGAGAAUGUGGCCCUCAAGGUGGAGUCAGCCCAGCAGCCCAAGCAGGUCCUCAAGAUGGAGGUGGCUGUGCUCAAAAAGCUGCAAGGGAAGGACCACGUGUGCCGGUUCAUUGGCUGUGGCCGGAACGAGAAGUUUAAUUACGUGGUGAUGCAGCUCCAGGGCCGGAACCUGGCUGACCUGCGCCGCAGUCAGCCUCGAGGCACCUUCACGCUGAGCACCACGCUGCGGCUGGGCAAGCAGAUCCUGGAGUCCAUUGAGGCCAUCCACUCCGUGGGCUUCCUGCACCGAGACAUCAAGCCGUCGAACUUCGCCAUGGGCAGGCUGCCGUCCACCUACCGGAAGUGCUACAUGCUGGACUUCGGGCUGGCGCGGCAGUACACCAACACCACGGGGGACGUGCGGCCCCCUCGGAAUGUGGCCGGGUUUCGGGGGACUGUUCGCUACGCCUCAGUCAACGCCCAUAAGAACCGGGAGAUGGGCCGCCACGAUGACCUGUGGUCCCUUUUCUACAUGUUGGUGGAGUUUGCAGUGGGCCAGCUGCCCUGGAGGAAGAUCAAGGACAAAGAGCAGGUAGGGAUGAUCAAGGAGAAGUAUGAGCACCGGAUGCUACUGAAGCACAUGCCCUCCGAGUUCCACCUUUUCCUGGACCACAUCGCCAGCCUCGACUACUUCACCAAGCCUGAUUACCAGUUGAUCAUGUCAGUGUUUGAGAACAGCAUGAAGGAGCGGGGCAUUGCCGAGAAUGAGGCCUUUGACUGGGAGAAGGCGGGCACCGAUGCCCUCCUGUCCACGAGCACCUCUACCCCACCCCAGCAGAACACCCGGCAGACGGCAGCCAUGUUUGGGGUGGUCAAUGUGACGCCAGUGCCUGGAGACCUGCUCCGGGAGAACACUGAGGACGUGCUGCAGGGCGAGCACCUGAGUGACCAGGAGAACGCGCCCCCAAUUCUGCCUGGGCGGCCACCUGAGGGGCUGGGCCCCGGCCUCCACCUUGCCCCCCACCCUGGGGGUCCUGAGGCUGAAGUCUGGGAGGAGACAGAUGUCAACCGGAACAAACUUCGGAUCAACAUUGGCAAAACGCCCUGCAUGGUGGAAGAGGAGCAGAACCGAGGUGUGGGGGUCCCCAGCUCCCCAGUGCGUGCCCCACCAGACUCACCGACAACCCCAGUCCGUUCUCUGCGCUACCGGAGGGUCAACAGCCCUGAGUCAGAGAGGCUCUCCACUGCGGAUGGGCGGGCAGAGCUCCACGAGAGGAGGUCACGCAUGGACCUGCCCGGCUCACCCUCACGCCAGGCCUGCUCCUCGCAGCCGGCCCAGAUGCUGUCAGUGGACACUGGCCAGGCGGACCGGCAGGCCAGCGGCCGCAUGGACGUGUCGGCCUCCGUGGAGCAGGAGGCCCUGAGCAACGCUUUCCGCUCCGUGCCACUGGCCGAGGAGGAGGACUUCGACAGCAAGGAGUGGGUCAUCAUUGACAAGGAGACAGAGCUCAAGGACUUCCCCCCAGGGGCCGAGCCCAGCACAUCAGGCACCACGGACGAGGAGCCCGAGGAGCUGCGGCCCCUGCCUGAGGAGGGCGAGGAGCGGCGGCGGCCGGGGCCAGAGCCCACUGUCCGGCCCCGGGGGCGCAGCAUGCAGACACUGGCUGAGGAGGACCCACGGCAGACGCCAUUCCAGCCCUUACAACCUCAGCUGAGCCAGGCCGAUGGCCGGUCAGAGACUUCGCAGCCCCCCACACCCGGCAGCCCUUUCCACUCACCCCUGCACUCGGGACCUCGCCCUCGACGGAGAGAGUCGGAUCCCACUGGCCCUCAGAGACAGUUGGAGGAGGACAGACUCUCGGGGCACUCCCUCCCGCGGUACAGCCCCCUGCGACGACUGGCGUCCUCCGUAUUCUCCUCCUCCACGCUGGAGACCGAGCAUUACCCUCACCCCGGCGGCGGCGGCUCCUCGGGCUCCUCCGGUUCCCUCAUUCAGCGCAGCCGCUCGGCGGAGAGCAGCCCCGUGCGGGCGCCCCACCGGCGCCACGCGCCUCUCGCCGCCGGCAACCACAGACUCGUGCCCUCGGUGCUCCGCAUCUCGCGGUCCCAGCUGCAGCAGGUGUUCUCCGUGGCGCCUCCGUUUGAGGUGAAUGGUCUCCCUCGAGCUGUGCCCCUGAGCCUGCCCUACCAGGACUUCAAGAAAGACCUCUCUGAUUACCGAGAACGGGCUCGCUUGCUCAACAGAGUCCGGAGGGUGGGCUUCUCGCACAUGCUGCUCACCGCCCCGCCUGUCCCACUGACUCCUCUUCAGCCCCAAGCUAAUGGGAAGGAGGAAGAGGAUGAGGGCGAGGAUGAAGAUGAAGAGGAGGAAGAGGAGGAGGAGGAAGAAGAAGAGGAGGAAGAGGAGGAGGAGAAUGAGGAGGAGGAGGUGGAAGAGGAGGCGGUAGCCCUGGGGGAGGUGCUGGGGCCUCACAGCGGCUCCAGCAGUGAAGGGAGUGAGAGGAGCACUGACCGGAGCCAGGAGGGCGCCCCGUCCACGCUGCUGGCCGACGAUCAGAAGGAGUCCAGGGGCCGAGCCUCCAUGGCUGACGGGGACCUGGAGCCUGAGGAGGGCUCCAAAACGCUGGUGCUCGUCUCCCCCGGUGACAUGAAGAAGUCGCCUGUCACUGCCGACCUGGCCCCCGACCCUGACCUGGGCACUCUGGCUGCUCUCACCCCUCAACACGAGCGGCCGCAGCCUGCUGGCAGCCAGCUGGACGUGUCUGAGCCAGGGACCCUGUCCUCCAUGCUCAAGUCUGAGCCCAAGCCCCCUGGGCCUGGGACUGGGCCGGGCGCCACGGCAGCGAUCACGGGGGCAGGGGGAGUGGCAGUCACCUCCUCACCCUUCACCAAAGUCGAGAGGACCUUUGUGCACAUCGCAGAGAAAACCCACCUCAACGUCAUGUCUUCCGGUGGACAAGCCUCACGGCCUGAGGAGCUCAGCUCAGGGGGUGAGCUGGGCCUGGAGGCGCCCCCUGAUGGGAGGGCUGCAGAGGAGGGAAGCGCUGUGCCCCUGGAGAAUGGGAUAGCCCAGUCAGGGCUGGAGAGCUGUCCCCUGUCUGGCCCUCCUGGGGACACCCCCUUGGAGAUGGCCAUGGACUCACUGCCCAAUGGCCCAUCCCUCGCUGAAGGGCCAGCUCCAGCGUCCUCGCUGGAACCAGGCCCCAACGCACUGGCCACCAUCACCCCUAGCCACCGUGCCAUGCCGGGCCCUCGCUCCAGGAGCCGUAUACCUGUCCUGCUGUCUGAGGAGGACACGGGCUCGGAGCCCUCGGGCUCACUGUCGGCCAAAGAACGGUGGGGCAAGAGGGCAAGACCGCAGCAGGACCUGGCCCGGCUGGUGAUGGAGAAGAGGCAGGGCCGCCUGCUACUGCGGCUGGCCUCUGGGGCCUCAUCCUCCUCCAGCGAGGAGCAGUGCCGCGCCUCUGAGACGCUAUCGGGCACGGGCUCCGAGGAGGACACGCCCGCCUCGGAGCCCUCGGUGCCCAGGAAGGCAGGGCGGGCAGCUACCACCCGGAGCCGGAUCCCCCGCCCUAUCAGCGUCCGCAUGCCCGCGCCUGCCCCGGCCCAGCAGCCCCCUGGCAGACCCCAUGGCUCGGCCCCAGCACCUGACACAGCCAUCACCAGCAGGCUCCAGCUGCAGAAGCCCCCAGGGUCGGCCACUGCUGCUGACCUCCGCCCCAAACAGACCCCUGGACGUGGCCAUGGCCCGGGGCGAGCCCAAGCCAGCACCAGGCCUCCAGCCCCUCGCAGUCCGGGUCUCCCAGCCUCCACCGCGCGCAAUCUCAGCGCGUCCCCCCGAAGCCAGUCGCUGUCUCGAAAAGAGAGCCCUUCUCCGUCGCACCAGGCCCGGCCCGGGGGCCCUCCAUCCCGGGGCGCCCCGCAGGCCCGGCCCGAGCCUGAAGGCACCCCCUCCCUGGGGGGCCCCAAGAAAGGACCCAGAGGGAAACUCCAGACUCAGCGCGCAGCAACCAAAGGCCGGGCAAGUGUCGCGGAGGGCCGGGCCGGGGCCAGAUAAUGACGCGCACGGCUCCGCGCGGCCUCCCACCCUCACUCCAGCCCCCAACCUGCAGUCGGCCACACUGGAACAGCUCCCAGCACAGCCUUACGCGCCCGAUGCGCACCACCCGCGGCCCCAGCUUCCCGCCUGCAUCUGCGACAGCGCGCCAGCACCCGCCUCGCCCUUCCGCCUGCCAGGCCCGACAGGUGGGGGUGGGGGUGGGGCGCCGUGUCGCAGGGGUCGCGCUCGCCUCCCCUUCCUUCCCCAGUCACCUCCCACUUCCUGCCGCCCUUCAGGUGGGGCUGGCUCACCCUCCGCCCCGGGAAGGCUCAGCCACUCUUUACCGAGGACUCCGCUAAUGGGGACACCCCGCUCACUCACUAGGCCUCUGCUGCUCCCCGUGCUCCACCCCCAACUCACCUCUGCUUGCACCUCUAGAGCCUUUGCCUCCGCCCAAUGCUCUUCCAGCCAAAGCCCUCCUACCCCCUUUUCAGAAAGGCAGCCUCAAAUUCUGGAAGUGGAGGCUUCAGCCUCCCCUAGGGGUCAACCCCACAGUGUCUUGGGAGGGACCUCUUCUCAGUAGCUAGACUGGGGUUGGGGAGGUGGGACCUAAGGGCCACUGGUCUACUCAGGUGUGAUGGGGUGGGUAUGACCAGCUCCAAGGCAGCUCCAUCCUGGACACCCUGAAGGCGGCAGUGGGCAGGGGAUGGGGGUUACUCCCCUGCACCUCUGAGGGGCAAAGCCCCUCCUCCUCCUAAAUAUGGGUGGGGUCUGAGUGGGAACCAUAAAGUGUGUGUGGGCUGCCUGCCUGGCCAAGUGGGAAAUCGGAGGAGGGUCUGUAAAGAAGUUUCGCCUGUCCUUUGGCCCCUGAUCUAGUGCUCAGGACCCCUCGCCAUCAGGAAUUCCUUGUUGCCAUCUAACCUCAAUCUUGCCUACUGCAGUUUCAGCCAACUCAGUCCUCUCCUGAGUUCAAUGGAAGUGGAGAAUGGCUGGUCAUCAUCUCUUGCUGGCCCUUUGGAGAUUCAGGGACACAGUUCUGGCCAGGUCACCCUCCCUGUUCUCCUGGCUGUGACCAGCAUCUACCCCAGUGGGCAGAGAGAGCAGAAACAGACAGACAGACAGACAGCUGGCCCCUGGACUCAGGGCAGAAAGGCCCUUCUACUUUCCAGAUUGUAUGCUUGUGUGAUGGAUCCUGCUCAAGCCCUCUCCCCCCUAGUUUAUCCUUCAGCUUGUCCCCUCUCGUUCUAAUUCCAAGCCAUGCAGCUGAGCUGUCCCUGCAGAAGGUGAAGACCGUGCAGCUCCACAAAUGGAUAAGGGGCCUCCUCCUGGGUCAGGCUUCUGCAUAACUCUCAUCCCAGCUCCUUACGAGCCUCAGAUGCCCACGGCUGGGCCAAGAAGUACAGUGGCUGCCGAAGGGCCAGCCCGCCCUGCCAAUCAGGGUCAGGUCCCUGUCAGGCCUCCAUCCUCAGCACCCCAGCCUGUGUUCCCUGGUCUGCCCCUCUGUUCUUCCCUGGGUCAUGGAGAGCGAGGCAAGACCACCAUGGGAGGAGAAAGACAGGCCCCAGCAGGCCCAAGUGGUCCGGCAGUACCCAGCGACCAUUGCUUAGAAGGAUGCCCAUGAGGAAGUUGCCCAGGGUGCGGCCUGCUGGUGCCAGCAGAAGCCCCUCAUGGAGAAUCAAGGCAGCAGGCUUGGGCAGCUGUUUCCAUGCCAAGGUGGUGGCUUCUCUGCAGACCAGCCUAGGGGAGGACUCCAGGGUGGACAGCCUUUGAGGCGACCCCAUGCUGACACAGAAGCUCCCAGAACACUCAGGAAACCUCUCUGGACAGAGCCCUCCUUGUCAACCCGAGACCCUCCCAAGGCCUCUACUGCCCUCUGGGUCCAGCAGAGGGGGUGGAGAAGGGGCCACUCCCUCCCACCUAGAGCUUCUCUGAAUGACAAUCAGCUCCUGCCAGGUGGGGCCAGGGCAUGACCCCUGGUGCCCAGGUCCUGGGCCUGCUCCUUGCCACCAACCGAACUGUGAAUGUAGGGCCCCCAGCCUCACCCCUGCCCCAGGACCAACAGCACCCUGGUUUGGUGUUGGGAGGAAAGGGGGGUGACCUGAGAAAGCCCAGGCCCAUCUCACCCCCCCAGCUUCACCCGGCACUGAAGCUGGGCAGAGCUGCAAAACCCUGUCUGUCCUUGGGAAACCAGACCUCCCAGGGCUCCCAAUUGAUCUCAGGCCUCUGCCUCAUUGAAUGUCACCAAGGUUGGGGAGGAGGCUAGAGGACUGCUUCUCUCCCCAGGAAGGAGCAAGGGCAGAGGAAACCACAUCUCCCAGUGCCCCACCCCCAGCUGCAGCCUCUUGUCCCUUGAACACCCAGCCCCUCCACCAAGCCCCGAAUGUCACACCACCAUUACCACUGCGCCCCUCCAGCACUUCCUCAUCAUGACAACCUGAGUCACUGGCUCAGAUGCGGGGCUGCUAACCCCAGGACACGCCUUCCCUCCCCUGCCUCACUGUGCACCAAGGGGGUGCAGGAGAGGGGCUGUGCCCCAGGCACAUGGGCUCCCCCUUCCCAGCCCCUCACAGGGGCCUGGCUUGCUCAGUCUUCUCAGCUCCAGGGACCAGCUCUGGUGGGCAGGGGCCGGGCUGGGGCAGGGAGUUGCCCUCCCCUUUCCCAGAGAAGCCACUGAAGAAUGUUUACAUGCCAAACAGAAUGUAACACACUCCCCCACCCCAUCCUAGUCACUGCAUGGCCUCUGCCCACCCUGCACCUGUCCGCCCCCCAACCCCCCCACACACACCCUGGAAGCCGCUGUCAUGAUUAGAUCGGGUCUCAGAAGGGAAGUAGCCAUCACACCAUUAAAAGCCUGUGGACCUUUCUGUUGACCUGGAGUCUUCUUCCUUUGGGGCAGAGGGCAGAGUCCAGGUGCUGGCCCGGGGCAGGCAGGAGAGAAGAGCACAGGUUGGUGGGCAAGUGGGGAGGGGCUGUCACAGAGGCAGAGAGUCUCUACGGAAGAGGACAUGGAAGCUCUGGGGUGC